AUAAUAAUAAUAAUAAUCAAAUAAAAAAAUGAUAACGAACGCCUCUCAAAGCAAAUACGCAAAGUGAUUGACAGAAUGGAAGCAGAGCGCGUGUUCUGAUUGGCUAAAGUUCCUGACUGACCGAAAAGCGCGCGCAUCUUUCAAGUGUUUGUAUGAGGAACGGUGUUUUCUCAGCGAUGUCUUAAGAUGUUUCACUGUUAUCUCACAGGGAGUCAUUUUGCUCAGUCAGACUUGGAUACUGGACAGCGCAGAGCUCACGGGGCAAUAGUACUCGAACAGUCUCGGUUCUGAGUGCAGGAGCAGUCGACGUGAAGAUCCUUUUUUCUUGUGAUGGUUUAUUCCAGGACCAGUUUGCUUCAAGUGGACAUUGCUCAUGUUGACCACACAUUUUUUAAAACUUCACAGACUUUGAAGCAAAGUCAUCUUCAUUGAAGAGGUGCCUGAAGCGAACACUUAAAACGGUGAAGAUGAGGUCAAGGACCUGCGAUAUGGAGGAAUCAGAGAACCGACCGUUUACUAAAAUCCACAACACGGAGAAAGAGAAGAGCGUGCCGGAGCAGAUGAAGAAGAAAACUAAAGCUGAACAGGAAAGCAGCGGGGAGAAGCACGUCGUUUCUGGAACACUGAAAAAGGCGCAGAAACCUCACGAGACGCGGCAGAGAGAAGCCGGACUUAUGGACCUGUCGAAAGAACAGCUCAUCCAUCUUCUGGGAGUCAUGGAAGGAGAAGUUCAGGCACGUGAGGACAUUAUUCAAAUGCUCCAGUCUGAGAGAACACGGCCAGAGGUUCUAGAGGCUCAUUACGGUUCUGCGGUUCCAAACCAACCGUUGCAGGCCCUGCAGAGAGACAGUCUGAUGACCAGCGUUGACAUGACUAGAGAUGACGUGUACGACAUCCCUAUGAUGGAGCUGGACCGUUUGGAGGAGAAGCAACGAGAAACGUACAGACGGAUGUUAGAGCAGCUUCUGUUAGCAGAGAAGUGUCACAGACGGACGGUCUCCGAGCUGGAGAGUGAGAAACGCAAACACGUCGACUUCAUGAAUAAAAGCGACGAUUUCACCAACCUGCUGGAGCAGGACAGAGAGCGACUCAAGAGACUGUUGGAGCAGGAGAAGGUGUACCAAGCUCGGAAGGAGAAAGAUCACCGAAAACAUCUUGAGAAGGUUCAGGAGGAGCUGGUCAAGCUGAAAUCAUUUGCACUGAUGCUGGUGGACGAAAGGCAGCUUCACAUUGAGAAGAUUGACGAGGAGACACAGAAGGUCCAGGAGCUCAGCAAAAAUCUGAAUGAAAGGGAGCAACAACUGGAAAUCGUCAACAACAAAGCUAAAGACGACAGCUUGAGGUUUCAGAGGUUGGAGCUUGACUUAGAACAUAAGACCUUUAAAUCCACACAGGAACAUGAGACGAUGACCUCCAGGCUAACCAAGACGGAUUCUGAAAGCCGGCAGUUGCGUCUGAAGUUGGCCGGCUUGUCACGCAAGAUCGAGGAGUUAGAGGAGACCAAUCGUACAUUGCAGAAAUCCGAAGAAGAUCUGCAAGACCUGCGGGACAAAAUAAGCAGAGGGGAGUGUGGAAACUCAAGCCUAAUGGCCGAGCUGGAGAACCUUCGGAAGAGAGUGCUGGAGAUGGAGGGAAAGGACGAGGAGAUCACGAAAACAGAGGCACAGUGCAAGGAGCUAAAGAGGAAGCUUCAAGAUGAGGAGAACCACAGCCGUGAGCUGAAACUAGAGGUGGAGAAAUUGCAGAAGAGGAUGAUGGACCUGGAGAAACUGGAGGGAGCUUUUAACGUGAGCAAAUCUGAGUGUGCUCAACUUCACACCAACCUGGACAGAGAAAGAACCUUGACAAAGAACUUCGCCUGCGAACUAGAGACGGUAAAAAACCACAUCAAAGAACUCGAGAGCUCCGAAUCGAGGCUGGAAAAGGCAGAGAAGAGUUUGAAAGAUGACUUGGCGAAACUGAAAUCAUUCACUGUGAUUCUGAUGGACGAGAGGAAAAACGUGGCCGAGCGAAUUAAACAGGAGGAGAAGAAAGGGGAAGAGCUGAGCAAAAUGUUCAAGGCGGAGCAAUGCAAGGUCACGGACGUCACUGAAAAGCUGAUCGAGGAAAGUAAAAAGCUUCUUAAAUUGAAGUCCGAGAUGGAGACAAGAGUGUCUACGCUGGCAAAAGAAAAAGAGGACAUGAAGUCUCAAAUCGUAAGUGGAGAAGAGAAAAUGAAAGAGCUGAGUGCAAAGGUAUGUCAGAUGCAAAGUAAACUAGAUGAGCAAGAGGAGACCAAGUGGGAAUCUUCCAGAAACAAGGCUGGAUAUUCUGAUGAGGACAACAAGGUUAAGGAGCUCACGCAGGAGAUCGAGAGACUCAAGAACCGUCUGAAACAGCUCGAGGUUGUGGAGGGUGAUUUGUUGAAGACAGAGGACGAGUACGACAUGCUUGAGAAGAAGUUUAGAACCGAGCAAGACAAAGCCAAUGCCCUUUCCCUUCUCCUGGAAGAGAUGAAGACCCAAAUCACCAAGAACAAAGCCAUAGAGAAAGGAGAACUGGUGAGCCAAGAAGCUGAGCUCAGACUACGCUGCAAAAUGGAGGAGGCCAGAACGAGAGAUCUUCGAGCCGAUGUCCAAGCUCUGAAGGAGAAGAUUCAUGAGCUCAUGAACAAGGAGGACCAACUAUCCCAGCUUCAGGUGGAGUACGCUGUUCUCCAAAAGCGGUUGAUUGAAGAGGAGGAGAAAAAGAAAAACACGAGUCAAGAGUUCCUAAAACUAACCCAAGAGCUGGAAGCUACAAAGCGUUACAGUCGUGCUCUUAGACCCAGCAUGAAUGGAAGGAGAAUGGUGGACGUUCCUCUCACUUCCACUGCGGUACAGACUGACGGCAAUUUGGGCGAACAUGCCGAGGAUGAGACUCCGGCCGUGUUCAUUCAGAAGUCCGUUCAAGAGGAAAAUCACAUCAUGAGCAACUUAAGGCAAAAAGGUCUCAAGAAGCCGACGGUGUUGGAGCGUUACCCGCCGGCAGCCGCAGAGAUGACCGCGAGGAAAUCCUGGAACCCUUGGAUGAAAAAGAAAGAAGCGGUGACGAUCACCCAAGAGGUCAUAUCAGACAAAACAACCCAACAGGUCAACGGAACAACAUCACUAUCUCCAGAACUAACCAUGACUCAGAAAACAGGUCGGCCACUCCAUAUUAAGGUGACUCCGGAUCAUCAGAACAGCACAGCCACAUUGGAGAUCACCAGCCCACGAGCUGAAGACUUCUUUGCCACCACUACAAUCAUCCCAACCCUUGGUCUCCAGAAGCCGCGGAUAACUAUUGUCCCUACCUCCAUGCUGACAAAGUCCAAAGCCAACGACGUAGCGAGUGGUCCAGAGCGGACAAAGUCUCCGGUUACCAUCACCGCCAUCUCUAGAGCCAAAUCUCCUGAAAAAGGUAAAGCGGAGCAUCCCAUCUCUCCUCUGUCCAUCAUCACUGUUAGUGCGAUGCCGGUCUCCCAGGCCUCCGUUUCCCCGGAACCCCUGGAGAUGACCAUGGGCAGGGCUGUGUUUAAGUUGACCCCUGAAAAGCAGACCGUGCCAACGCCCGUCCGCAAAUACAACUCCAAUAUAAUCACUACAGAAGAUAACAAGAUCCAUAUCCACCUGGGCUCACCUGCGUUUAAGAAACCUCAGGAUGAUAGAAGUGGCACGGUUACCCUUUGGCCCAAUGGUCUAAGUUCAGACAGCAAGGACACGGGGACCGUUCUGCGCUCUCCGCGACAGCAGACCACUCACGUGGGGAACACGGGGACACAGGGCAAGGUGACCAGCAGCAUCACGAUCACUCCCAUCACCUCCGCACCUUCACGGUCGACUCAGUCUGUAUUGCUACUGAAAUGUUUCAAAAUGAUAUCAGGCGGUGCCUGCUCUCUAGAUAGCUCUCUUUCAAGCAUGGGAAGAAUGUGCAGUCACCUCGCUCCGCAGCAACAAGAAUCCCCGUGUCAAAAGAGUCUGUUGUGCUCCAUGUGAAUCGAGAGCCACGCUGAGAUGUGUUCCAGCUUCACUACGAUACGGCUCGACAGAACGAACCGCUGAGAGAACAUGAGAUCCAUCACACCUGCACACCUUUAGUUCAGUGGCAUAGGUGCAUGUGUCCACAGCAUACGGUGAUGAUGCAGGAGAGUCGGAUUCAGAGUAUAACAGCAGUAACACAAGAAAGUAAACAGGAUGUGGAAUUGAGAUUUGGAGAACAAAGUGUUGACGUGAGAGGCUACAGUAUGUUAGGAUCAAGAUGUUUUGUAAGGAAGGAUUGAGACGUCAAGCUUUAAUACUGACAUGCAACCACAGCUAAAUUCACCUUGAAGUUCAUUUGCUUGAAGUUUCUACAUUUUUUUAAUACAAUUAAUAAUAAAGGGAGUAUUUUAAUGGUAAACGCAUAUAGAAGCUUUUGCAAAACCUAUAAAUUGUAAAAAAAAUACGACAACAUGCAGCAUUGCCUUUUUAAACAAGAAAUCAAAACAUAAAAAGCCUUUUUUGACUGACCUCACCAAACUAUCAGUUAAAUAAAACAUUUAAAUUCUGGGUAACACCUCACAUUAAGGUUCCCUUUAUAAAGAAUUUAUAAAUAUGUUUAUAUUCUAGCGAAAUGCCAGCCAAGCAGUGAGUUGUUUUUAACUCGCAGGUUAUAAAUGCUUAUUAAAUGUAUUUAUUUGACUCAAUAGCAGAUUCAUUAUUAUCUUGAUGUUGUUUGCAAAAUAGGCUGUCAGACAGAAGACUGAAGGGUGUUGUGUUGGUUUUUUAUUAUUGUAUAUUUCAUAUCUUAUAUCACUUUUCAAACCAGGUUGCUUUACAGAUCUUUAUCUUUGUAACCAAGAGAAAACAGCUUUGGAUAAGCAUCAUGAUCUGAAGGUAAGAUGUUAGGAAUCGCAUCAGUUAAGCAGUGUUGGGUGUAACUAGUUACUAAAUCAUUAGUUACUGUAAUUUAAUUACGUUCCCCUUUAAAAAGCAAAUUAAGGGAUUAGUCUUAUGAUUUCUGUAAUUUAAUUACAGUUACUUUGGAUGUAAUUGAACUAAAUACUGGGUAUACAGUAUAUAAUGUAUGCAAUAAUUGAAUUAACAUUACAAUUCAAAGUCUAACUAUAAAAUCUGUCCUUCAAUAUGUAAUUCUCACAUUUGUAAUACUUUAGUCAGUUAAUAAGAGAAAUUGAUGUAGUUUUAUAUGAUCUAUUUGAAUGAAUGAAGUGUCGUUUCAUGUCUAUCCUUGAAUCACUUAACUAAUCAAGGUUGAUAUAGAAAGUCAUUAGUAAUAAGUAAUUAAAUACUUUUUGGAGAGAGUGAUCUCUCCAGUAAUCUAAUUACACUAUUGAGAAUGUUGUAACUAGUAAUUAAUUACUUUUUCAGAGUAACUUACAACACACAACAUGGAAAGCAAAAUGGUUUGAAAAGUGACAUAAGAUGUGAAUUACACAAUAAUACCAGAAACCAACAUAACACCCUACAGUCUCCCAUAUGACAUCUUAUUUUUCUAAUAAUUAAGCAUUUAUGACAUGUGAGUUAUAAAUGGCUCACUAUCUGGCAGCUAUUUUGUUGAAAUGCAUAUGUUAAUGUGUUAGAAUGCAUUUGUAAAUGACUUAUUAAUCAUUAAGGAACACAUUAACAAAUGCUUUAUGAAAGAAACCUUAAUGUUUGAGGCUACUGUACAAAGCAGAUCUGACUUUUUAAGAUCAAUGACUUUCCCCGAAUAUAUAUAUAUUUUUUUCUCAGAAAUGCAUCAUUACUUAGGUAAAAUGGGUGUUUUAUUAAAUGUUUUACGUCGACCAGAUGGCACUGGUUUAAAAGUGUAUAUGCUUUUUAAAAAGGACAAGCUAAGUGUCAUGCUUUUAAUUACAGUAUUUUCAUGUGAUAAACAGAUGAAAUAUCAGGCAGUAUGAGAGCAGGUGAGCACACAGUAUGUACUGUAUGUUCAGAAUGAUCUAUGAAUGAACCCAUUCACCAGACAGAAUAAUGCUGCAAACACAAUUUGCACUUUAAACUCUGUGAAUGUGACUCUAAUGAAGUCUGUGUACUCCAACACCUGGAAAAUUCACUAAAUAAAAUUCUUUC